AUGAACCUCUCCCCGCCCAAGAUGUCGGAGCCAUCCCCUGAAAGUGACGGGGAACAAAGGUGUCUGAACUCAGAGCUAUGGCAUGCAUGCGCAGGGCCCCUUGUGUCCCUGCCUGUGGUUGGGAGCCGGGUCGUCUACUUUCCUCAGGGCCAUAGUGAGCAGGUUGCUGCAUCAACUAAUAAAGAAGUUGAUGCUCAGAUCCCAAACUACCCAAACCUACCUCCGCAAUUAAUCUGCCAGCUUCAUAAUGUCACAAUGCAUGCUGAUGCGGAGACUGAAGAGGUUUAUGCCCAGAUGACACUGCAACCAUUGAGCCCGGAAGAGCAAAAGGGACCUUUUCUUCCAAUUGAGUUGGGUGCUGGUAGUAAGCAGCCAACUAAUUACUUCUGCAAGACAUUGACUGCAAGUGACACUAGUACCCAUGGUGGAUUCUCUGUUCCGCGCCGAGCAGCAGAGAAAGUCUUCCCCCCAUUGGAUUUUUCACAACAGCCUCCAGUGCAAGAGCUGGUUGCAAGAGAUCUGCAUGAUAAUGAAUGGAAAUUUCGCCACAUUUUUCGUGGUCAGCCAAAAAGGCAUCUACUGACGACUGGAAUGAUAAUAACCAACUUCUCUUGGGAAUUGGUCGUGCAAAUCGUCCCACAGACUGUAAUGCCUUCUUCUGUGCUAUCAAGCGAUAGCAUGCACAUUGGUCUUCUUGCUGCAGCAGCUCAUGCUGCAGCCACAAACAGUCGUUUCACUAUUUUCUACAACCCCCGGGCUAGCCCUUCUGAGUUUGUCAUUCCACUGGCUAAGUAUGUGAAAGCUGUUUACCACACGCGUGUGUCUGUUGGAAUGCGGUUUCGGAUGCUUUUUGAGACAGAGGAAUCAAGUGUCAGACGAUACAUGGGUACGAUAACAGGCAUAAGCGAUCUGGACUCAGAGCGCUGGCCAAAUUCACACUGGCGUUCUGUGAAGGUUGGUUGGGAUGAGUCUACAGCUGGUGAUAAACAGCCAAGAGUUUCACUCUGGGAGAUUGAGCCACUGACAACCUUUCCGAUGUACCCAACUGCCUUUCCAUUAAGGCUAAAGCGUCCGUGGGCUUCAGGACUACCUAUGUUCAAUGGUGGGAGGAGCGAUGAGUUCGCUCGUUAUUCUUCUCUCAUGUGGCUUCGAGAUGGAAACAGAGGGGCUCAGUCACUGAACUUCCAGGGACUUGGAGCAUCACCAUGGCUUCAGCCAAGAAUAGAUUAUCCAUUGUUGGGUCUGAAGCCAGAUACUUACCAGCAGAUGGCUGCUGCCGCACUGGAAGAAAUUAGAGCUGGGGAUCAUUUGAAGCAGACAUCUUCUUUCCUGCCAAUCCAACAGACUCAAAAUUUGAAUGGUGGAUUAGAUCCUUUGUAUGGAAAUCCUGUUCUACAGCAGAUGCAGUUCCAAUCUCAGCAGUCACCCCUGCAAGCUGUGCAGCAAGGUUAUGGUCAGAAUGCAAGCGACUCUGGGUUCCUUCAAAAUCAGCUGCAGCAGCUGCAGCUGCAAAAAGCAGCAGGAGCCACCACCACAGCAGCAGCAGCAGCAGACACAAGUUCUGCAGCAACAAUCGAUCAGGAAAUGCAACAGCACCUCUCAGCUAGUUGUCAUGAUAUUGCUAAUGUAGCUUCUGGUGUGUCCGAGUCUGGAUCUGCUUGUCAAUCACAAUCUUCUUUGCUUUCUGGGUCAUCGUUCUAUCAACAGAACAUCUUUGAUGGAAACAAUGGUCCAGAUCUGCAUCUGCACAACAGUUUCCACAACUUUUCAAGCCAAGAGUCCUCCAACCUUCUUAAUCUCCCAAGAAGUGGCCAAUUAAUGGUAUCAGAGGGAUGGCCUUCAAAGAGGUUGGCCGUGGAAUCUCUUGCUGGUCAUGAGCUCCAACCUGUGCAGCCCAAGCUUGAGAAAGUGAAUCACCAGAGUAAUGUACCUCACAUUUCUGGCACCUUGCCGCCACUGUCAGCAAGAGACGGUUCUAGUGCCCAGGCUUGUGGUACAAAUGUUCAGAGUCACCUGCUUUCAUCAUCAUUUGCAAUCCAUGAUGGCUUGUCAACCGUCAGGAGUGGUGGUGUUGGCAGUGGAACUGAUGCGACAACCAUAGCUUCGUUGAGAUAUGGUGACAUGAAUUUGCUACCUGAAAACUCCAUAGCAACUUCCAGUUGUUUGGGUGAAUCAGGAACCUUCAAUUCUCUUGACAAUGUUUGUGGUGUAAACCCAUCACAAGGUGGAACCUUCGUGAAGGUUUACAAAUCAGGGUCCCUCGGGAGAUCGCUCGACAUCACCAGAUUCAGCAGCUACUACGAGUUACGUAGCGAGCUCGAGCGGUUAUUUGGUCUUGAAGGCCAACUGGAGGACCCUGUAAGAUCAGGCUGGCAGCUUGUAUUCGUCGACCGGGAAAAUGAUAUUCUUCUCGUCGGCGACGACCCGUGGCAGGAGUUUGUGAAUAGCGUAUGGUGCAUAAAGAUCCUCUCGCCACAAGAUGUGCAGCAGAUGGUCCGCAGCGGAGGCGACCUUCUGUCUACACCUGGAGCGAGGAUGCUGCAGAGCAGUGUCUGCGAUGACUAUUCUGCAGGCCACGACAUGCAGAACAUCACCAGCAGCAUUGCACCUGUGGUGCCUCUGGACUACUGA